CAAAUUCAAGAAUGAUUAACAUUAUCCUUAUCAUACCGUCAAAAAACAUUAUCCUUAUCAUAACCUUUUUUAUACAUAAAGCCAAGAAUGGAAAACUAAAUCCACAACCAUAAAUUCACAAACAUACAGUACUAAAAUGGAUUCUAGUAGUACUCUUCCUCCUCAUACCCAACAAAAGCCACAUGCUAUAUUUGUACCAUUUCCAGCACAAGGUCAUAUCAACCCUUUCAUGCAACUAGCUAAACUUUUCCAUUGCAAUGGUUUCCACAUAACUUUUGUCAACACUGAAUUCAACCACAAACGUUUCAUAAAAUCACUUGGAGCAGAGUUUGUAAAGGGUCUUUCAGAUUUUCAAUUUGAGACUAUACCCGAUGGCUUGCCAUUAUGUGAUAAAGAUGCAACACAAGAUGUUCCAUUGUUGUGUGACUCAAUUAGAAAAAAUUGUUAUGGUCCUUUUAAAGAGGUUGUGAAUAAGCUCAAUAGUAGUUUAUUACCAGUUACUUGCAUAAUUGCUGAUGGUGCUUUAGCCGGCACUGCUUGUGGGUUUGCUGGAAGAGUUGGUAAAGAUUUGGGUAUUAAGGAGUUGCAGUUUUGGACUGCUUCAGGUUGUGGUUUUGUGGGAUAUUUGCAAUUUGAUGAACUUGUCAAAAAAGGCAUUCUUCCAUUCAAAGAUGAAAGUUUUAUGGUCGAUGACACUUUGGAUAAAAGUUUAAAUUGGAUCUCCGGGAUAAAAGACAUUAGACUAAAAGAUCUUCCAAGCUUCAUAAGAGUCACAAAUCUAAAUGAUAUUAUGUUUGAUUUUAUGGGUUCUGAGACACAAAAUUGUAUAAAAUCAUCAACAAUCAUUAUAAACACAUUUGAAACAUUGGAAGAUGAAGCCCUUGAUGCCCUCAGAGCCAAAAACCCAAACAUAUAUAGCAUUGGACCACUUCAUAUGAUUGGUAGGCAUUUUCCUAAGCAAGAAAAUGGUUUUAAAGCAUGCAAUUCAAGUUUAUGGAAAAAUGACCCAAUUUGUAUAAAAUGGUUGAAUAAAUGGAAACCUUGCUCAGUACUAUAUAUUAAUUAUGGAUGUAUUACUGUUAUGACGGAUUAUCACUUGAAAGAAUUUGCUUGGGGAAUAGCAAAUAGCAAGUUACAAUUUUUAUGGAUUAUAAGACCAGAUGUUGUAAUUGGGGAAGAAACUUUACAUUUACCACAAGACUUUUUAGAUGAGGUAAAGGAUAGAGGAUAUAUAACUAGUUGGUGCUCUCAAGAGCAAGUGCUUGAUCAUCCAUCAGUUGGGGGAUUUCUAACUCAUUGUGGUUGGAAUUCUACAAUUGAAGCAAUUUCUUCGGGCGUGCCGACUAUUUGUUGGCCUUUCUUUUCUGAGCAACAAACAAAUUGUAGGUAUUUAUGUAAUACUUGGAAAAUAGGGAUGGAAAUUAACCAUGAUGUGAAAAGGGAUGAGAUAACAAAACUUGUGAUGGAAAUGAUGGAAGGAGAAAAAGGAAAAGAAAUGAGACAAACGUGUUUGGAGUUGAAGAAGAAAGCUAUAGAUGCUACUGAUUUGGGAGGAUCAUCUUACAAUAAUUUUCAUAAGUUAAUGAAAGAGGUUCUUCAUCACAAUACUAGUCUUUGAUCAGUCUUAUUAGUAUAAUUGAUCUAAUAUAAAACAUAUAUUGUUUUAUUACUUUAAAUUAAAAUAUUUCUUAUUUGAGCUUUGAUCAUUAUCAUAUAGACUAUUUUGAAUUAUCUUGCAUUAGUGUAGGGAGUGCCUAAUUUUUCUUCAUAAUGUUACAUGUAUUCAUAAAGAGGGAAAAAAAGUUCAU